GCGAGAUCUCGGCCGCUAUAUCCGGUGCGGGCGCACCGCUAGCCUCUCUUUUCCGCCGCUCCCGCCAGCGCCGGUUCCCCGGUGCCGACCAUCCGCUGCCAUCCGCGCCCGGCGCUGCCGCCAUGCCGCCCAAGUUCGACCCCAACGAGAUCAAAGUCGUGUACCUGCGCUGUACCGGCGGGGAGGUCGGCGCCACCUCCGCUCUGGCUCCUAAGAUCGGCCCCCUGGGCCUGUCCCCCAAGAAGGUCGGGGAUGACAUCGCCAAGGCCACAGGUGACUGGAAGGGGCUGCGGAUCACGGUGAAGCUCACCAUCCAGAACAGGCAAGCCCAGAUUGAAGUUGUUCCUUCUGCUUCUGCUCUGAUUAUCAAAGCUCUGAAGGAGCCUCCUCGUGACAGAAAGAAGCAGAAAAACAUAAAGCACAGCGGCAGUGUCAGCUUCGAUGAGAUAGUGAACAUUGCGCGGCAGAUGCGGCACAGGUCCCUGGCUCGAGAGCUCUCAGGGACGAUCAAGGAGAUUCUUGGAACUGCCCAGUCUGUGGGCUGCAGCAUCGAUGGCAGGCACCCACAUGAUAUCAUCGAUGACAUCAAUAAUGGUGCAAUUGAAUGCCCAGCUAGCUAAGUCUGCAGAAAAGUUGCUGUAUGAAGGGUCCUCAAGUUUUUUGUAGCACCUUAAAUACUUAAUAAAAGACCCAGCUGUCUGCAA